AUGGAACUCAUAAGGGUGAUCACACUAAUAAUAGCUACCAUCUCUUUUAUUUCAAUGAUUAUCCCAGAAAUCCUUGCCGGAGGAAACACAUCAACUGCCAGUGUUCCCGGCCGGAAUGAUAUCUGUCCGACAAAGCUGAAAUGCAGCCACAAAGGCCCUUCCGUAAGGUUCCCAUUUCGUAUACAGGGCAAGCAGCCGCCAAAUUGUGCUUAUAACCAAAGCUACAAUCUUUACUGCGAUGAAUCGGGCCGUACUGUAUUUGAUAUUCCUUCAUCAUCAUCUAAUUCUUCAAUCAAGUUUAUGGUUAUAAGCAUUGAUUAUUCGACCCAGAUGAUGCAAGUGAAGCCAGCCGAAAAUUGUAUGCCGAAGCAAGUCAGGGGUUUUGAAAUCUCCAAAAACACCCCUUUCAAAAUCAUUUCUAGAUUCUAUGGAUUAAAUGUCAAUGGGUUCUCUUUAUUCAAUUGCUCAGCUAAUUCAGAAGCCAGUCCAUGGAAAUACGACACAUUUCGAGACUACUGGAACGUUAGUUGUCUUGAAAGCCCGGGAUUCGGAGUGGUUGCAAUAGAUGUAGAUACAGAUAUUUUGGGAUUGCCGAUGCAGUUUUGUACAAAGAUGUUCAACACAGAAUUGCUUCUAGGAGGGAUAUAUAAUGGUUUUGAAGGAGAAACAAUUGUGAGUUUGAAUUGGUCUUUGCCGGUCUGCAAAAGCUGUGAGAUGCAGGGUGGAAUUUGUACGAGGCAAAUUAAUGGAACCGAUAAAAUCCUCUGUUUUUCACACUCUGGUUUCGCCUUUCCCGGGGUCCGAUGUCUUCCUAGUAGUCCUUUUCCCCAUUUCACAAACCAUAGUAAACCCGCCUGUGAUCAAAUCCCGUUCAACUGCGAGGGCACUGAUUUCUAUUUGAAGUACCCGUUCCGAUCUCAAAAUCAUCCUGAAUUUUGUGGCAAUCCCAUCUUUCAACUUUCUUGUCAUGGUAAUCGUACCGGGUGGAACUUGGAUCCUAGCGUACAAGUUUACGUGGAUCCAAGAAACAUCGACUACGAAAAUCAAACCUUCCUCGUCAUAGAUCCUAGAUUGCAAAACUUUGACUGUUCUGGUAAUAUUGUUCCUUUCAACUAUUACCAACAGUUGUUUAGCAAAAUAAACAACAAGGCUCCCAGUUAUUUUUAUUUUGAUUCGCCACCACAUCGUAAUUCUGUGUUUGUGUUUUUGGGAUGUAAUCAUCCGGUAAAACAUGUUUCAAAACCACCAAAAUUUCCACUUUAUGUCGAAACUGGUGAAUUUAACUGUAAUCCCAAUUCCACAUCCUCUUCUUACAGUUAUGUUGUGGUUGGUCAAGAUGUUGUCGCUUCAGAUAUUGAAGAUUCGUGCACCGUCUAUAACACUUUCUUCUCAAAGUUCAAUGACUCUGCAACGCAAAACGCUUCGUUCCAAGAGCUGCGACGUAUGAUGGCUUCUGGCUUUCUGCUGAGCUGGUCAGAUUAUAGUGACGGGGAAGAUAUUUACGGGAAUUUUUUGUGCACACUGGAUGUAGAGGUGAUCAAGCGACUUGGGCAGCUCUUAGGCUCUCUAGGUGCCCGAUGGGAUUUUGGGGUUUUUAUCCUUGUUGUAGUUACAUUACUGAUGGCAAAAAGUGUAAUAGCCUCUGUACUCUUGAUGAUUUUUCUGGUGUACAAGUGGCGUCGAAAGCAUUUAUCAAUAUAUGAGAAGAUAGAAGCGUUCCUACAGGGGAACAAUAGCCAUAUUCCUAUUAAGUACUCUUACAAAGAAGUGAAAUCAAUGACCAACAAUUUCAAAGAUAAAUUAGGGGAAGGAGGGUACGGUUUGGUUUACAAAGGGAAGUUACGAAGUGGGAGUUUAGUUGCUGUGAAGAUGCUGACUAAAUCAAAAACCAAGUGUCAAGAUUUCAUGAAUGAGGUUGCUACCAUUGGUAGAAUUCGUCACGUUAACGUGGUACGUCUAAUUGGAUUUUGCGUGACCUUCUCAAAGCAUGCUCUAAUCUAUGAGUAUAUGUCUAAUGGCUCCUUGGACAAAUACAUUUUCUCAUCAAAAAGCUCUAAUGCGACUACGGCACUUAGUUUGAAGCAAAUUUACGAGAUUGCGAGAGGCGUUGCGCGAGGGAUUGAAUACUUGCAUCAGGGGUGCAAUAUGCAGAUAUUACAUUUCGAUAUCAAGCCACAUAACAUCUUGCUUGAUGAGAGCUUUUUGCCAAAAGUCUCAGAUUUCGGACUUGCUAAGUUGUACGAAAAACAGAAUGGCAGCAUUGCAACUCUUACAGCAAUAAGAGGAACAUUAGGUUACAUGGCUCCGGAAUUAUUCUACAAGAAGAUUGGAAAGGUGUCGUACAAGUCGGAUGUGUACAGUUUCGGAAUGUUACUAUUGGAAAUGGCAGGAAGGAGGAAGAAUUUCAUGAAUCAAGUUGAGCAUUCAAGUCAAAUAUACUUUCCUACGUGGAUACACGAUAAAUUGGAUCAAGGGGGGAAGAUUGAAAUUGGCGAUCAUGAAACCGACGAAGAAGAGGAGAUUGCCAAGAAAUUGAUUUUGAUUGCAUUGUGGUGCAUUCAAAUGACCCCUAGUGAUCGGCCUUCAAUGAGAGAAGUGUUGGAAAUGUUUGAAAGAGAUGUUGAUGGAAUUCCAUUGCCUGCUAAACCAUCAUUUCAUCCUCCAGACUCACCAGUAAACAGAAGCGAUCAUAGCUCAUCUGAAGAAUCUACGGAGCCCUUAUUCCCUUCUGUUUCUUUAGAGAUUGAAUGCAUUGGUAAUUAA